AGAAAUGAAGUGAGCAAAGCUCGUGUUGCAAGAUGGCGGUUCCACCAGAGCGUUCUUUACGAUCUGUUUUCGUUGGAAAUAUUCCUUAUGAAGCUUCAGAAGAGCAACUGAAAGAAAUAUUUUCUGAUGUGGGGCCAGUUGUUAGUUUCAGGUUGGUGUUUGAUCGAGACACAGGUAAACCAAAAGGUUAUGGUUUUUGUGAGUACAAGGACCAGGAGACCGCAGUCAGCGCAAUGAGGAAUCUGAAUAAUUAUGAACUCAAUGGCCGCACUUUGCGUGUGGACAGUGCUGCAAGCGAGAAAAAUAAAGAAGAAGAGAUGAUAGCAGCUGCUCCUCCGGAGACCAACCCUUUUGGACCUGCAGUUCCUCCCAGUGAAGCUCCUUCAGCUAUCACACAGGCUGUUGCAAGUCUACCUCCUGAGCAAAUGUUUGAACUGAUGAAGCAAAUGAAGCUUUGUAUUCAAAAUAAUCCGGAGGAAGCCAGACAGAUGUUGCUCCAAAAUCCUCAGCUGUCGUAUGCUUUACUUCAAGCUCAGGUUGUUAUGAAGAUUGUCAAUCCUGAAAUUGCACAGGCCAUCUUGUAUCGUCAGGCAGAACCUCCACAACCAUUGCAACCUGAGCAACCAGGGGGGCACCUUCCUCCUGGUCACAUCCCACCUCAUCCAGAUAUUCAAAGAGGUCCACCUCCUGAUAUGCGAGGACCCCCAGACAUAAGAGGUCAGUCUGACAGAAGACCUCCAUCUGAUAUGCGUGGUGAUGUGAGAGGUCCACCUUUGGAUAGAAGAGAUGGAAGGGGCCCCCCAGAUGACAGAGGUCCCCCACCAGAUAGACGUGGACCACGGGAUAUGAGAGGAUUUGAUAGACCAUCAGAUGCUGGGGAUCCGAGGCGGAAUCCUGACUUUAGAGGGCCUGCUGACUUUAGGUCCCAAGAUCGUGGAGGCCCGGAUUAUCGUGAUCCUCGUGGCUUUGAUCGGGGUCGCUCUGACGACCGUCGAGGACCACCGGAGACACGUUCUGGUCCCUCAGAUACACGUUCUGGUCCUCCUGACCCACGCUCUGGUCCUCGUUCUGGACCUCCAGACCCCCGGAAUACACGUGGACCUGAUCCAGGCGGCAGACGUGAUCGUCCUGAGGAAAGAUUUAGUGGUCCACCACCCCCUUGGAACAAGGCAGGACCACCCCCAGCCCCUCCUACGAGUGUCCCCACGUCUGUACCAUCCGCACCCACCGCCCAAUCCAGUAUAAACCCAGCAACAGGUGACGUCACUUCUCAGGAUCAGGAAAAGGCUGCUCUGAUCAUGCAAGUCUUAAGCCUGACAGAUCAACAGAUUGCGUUACUUCCUGAGGAUCAACGACAGAGCAUUAUGGUACUGAAGGAACAGAUUGCUCGGAGUUCACAGUAAAGCAAUAUCUUCAAUUUUUUUUCAUAAUUUUUCUGUGUAAAACAUUGUUUUUGCUUUUAGUAAAUGCCUGUUAAUAGCAUCGUGUGUUUAGUUUUCAGAAGAUUUAGGUUUCUUUUACAAAACGUCUUCAAAAAAAAGACGUAAUAUACACCAAAGUCAUAAUCUGUUAAGGUCUGUUCACACGAUCCAAUUUUGUUGGAUCCAAUUCACUU